GUGACUGAAGGAAGUGAUGAAACAGGAAGUAGAACCCUCCUCAACAGGAUCUACACUGAGCUCUACAUCACAGAGGGACAGAGUGAAGAGGUUCAUACCCAACAUGAGGUGAGGCAGCUGGAGACAGCUUCCAAGAUGGACACCCUCCAUGACACUCCAAUCAGGUGCCAGGACAUCUUUAAAAUCUUACCUGACCAACAGAGACACAUCAGAGUGGUUCUGACCAAUGGCGUUGCUGGUGUUGGAAAAACCUUCUCAGUGCAGAAGUUCACUCUGGACUGGGCAAAGGGCUUGGAGAACCAACAUGUCAGCGUGGUGGUUCUGCUUUCAUUCAUGGAGCUGAACCUGAUCAGAGAUGAGCAGUACAGUCUUCUGGAGCUGCUCCAUGUUUUCCAUCCAACAUUACACAAGGUCACAGCAGAGAAUCUCACUGUCUCUCAGCUUUUGUUCAUCUUUGACGGCCUGGAUGAAAGCAGAAUUUCAUUGGAUUUCACCAACAGGAAGCUCGUGUCUGAUGUCACACAGAAGUCAUCAGUCGAUGAGCUGCUGACAAACCUCAUCCAGGGGAAUCUGCUUCCCUCGGCUCUCAUCUGGAUAACUUCCCGACGUGCAGCAGCCAAUCAGAUCCCUUCUACAUGUGUUGACAGAGUAACAGAAAUACGAGGUUUCACCGACGCCCAGAAGGAGGAGUACUUCAGGAGGAGAUUCAGUGAUGAAGAGCUGUCCAGCAGAAUCAUCUCCCACAUGAAGACAUCCAGAAGCCUCAACAUCAUGUGUAGUAUCCCAGUCUUCUGCUGGAUCACUGCUACAGUUCUGGAGCACACCUUGACUACAGAGCAGAGAGGAGAGCUUCCCAAGACCCUAACUGACAUGUACUCACACUUCCUGCUGGUUCAGACAAAGAGGAAGAAGAAGAACUACUAUGAGGGACAUGAGACGAGUCCACAUGAGCUGACGGAGGCUGACAGGGAAGUUCUUCUGAAGCUGGGAAAGCUGGCAUUUGAACAUCUGGAGAAAGGAAACAUCAUGUUCUACCAAGAAGACCUGGAGCAGUGUGGUCUGGAUGUGACAGAGGCCUCGGUGUACUCAGGAGUUUGUACAGAGAUCUUCAAAAGAGAGUGUGUGAUCUUCCAGAAACCAAUCUACUGCUUUGUUCAUCUGAGCAUUCAGGAGUUUCUGGCUGCAGUCUACAUGUUCCACUGUUUCACCAACACGGCGGCAAAGGUGGUAGUGGACUUCCUGAGGAUAGACUACAAUGAGUCAUCUCUGAAUGUUUUCCUGAAGAGAGUCAUGAAAAAAUCCCUCCAGAGUAAAAAUGGCCACCUGGACCUGUUUGUUCGCUUCCUUCAUGGCCUCUGUCUGGAGUCCAACCAGAGACUCUUAGGAGGUCUGCUGGGUCAGACAGAGAACAGUCCAGAAGCCAUCCAGAGAGCCAUAAACAGCCUAAAGAAGAUGAAUAGUGAUCAAAACUCUCCUGACAGAAGCAUCAACAUCUUCCACUGCCUGAUGGAGAUGAACGACCUCUCAGUACAUGAAGACAUCCAAGAGUUCCUGAAGUCAGAGAACAGAUCAGACAAGGAACUCUCUGAGAUCCACUGCUCAGCUCUGGCCUUCAUGCUGCAGAUGUCAGUGGAGGUCCUGGAUGAGUUGGACCUGCAGAAAUACAACACAUCAAAACGGGGACGACUGAGACUGAUUCCAGCUGUGAGGAACUGCAGAAAGGCUCGACUGACUUAUUGUGGACUCUUAGAGGCUCACUGUGAAGUUGUGGCCUCAGUUUUGAAGUCCAACCCCCCCUCCCAGCUGACAGAGUUAGAUAUGAGUGGAAACGAGCUGCUGGAUUCAGCAGUAAUGUUUCUGUGUGCUGGACUGGAGAGUCCAAAUUGUCGACUGGAGACUCUGAGACUUGGUGUUUGUUGCCUGUCAAAGAUGAGCUGUGAAGCUCUGUCUUUUGCUCUAAGUUCUCAGUUCUCUGUUUUGAGAGUGCUGGACCUGAGUAACAACAACCUACAAGAUUCAGGAGUGAAGCUUUUGUCUGCUGGACUACAAAGUCCACACUGUACACUAGAAACUCUGAGAACAAGUGACUGUAAUCUCACAGGAAGAAGCUGUGAAGCUCUGUCCACAGCUGUCUGCUCCCAGUCCUCUACGCUGACAGAGCUGGACCUGAGUAACAAUGACUUGGAUGAUUCAGGGUUGAAGCUCAUGUCUGCUGCAUUGGAGAGUCCACAUUGUACUCUGGAAACUCUGAGUCUGUCAGGCUGUCUGGUCACAGAGCAAGGCUGUAUUAAUUUGGCUUCAGCUCUGAGCUCCAACCCCUCCCAUCUGAGAGAGCUGGACCUGAGUUACAAUCAUCCAGGAGACUCAGGAAUUGAGCUGCUGUCGGCUGGACUGAGGGAUCCUGGCUGGAGACUGGACACUCUCAGGUAUGGAGAGAAUGCCUGAUAGAGGAGGAAGAGCUGGAAACA